GAGUGCUUUAGGGUGAAAAAAGAUCCACACGCAGAGCUCAACGCGCAUGCGUGUGUGUGGUCUUCCACCUUUCAAUGCUUUCGCAUUUUUUUACCUGCAGUGGACAAUUACGCACAGGCAGACGCGCACGCUGGCGCAUGCUCGCCGCAGCAGCAGCGCGCGGCAGCAGAGGGAAGAGAGGAGACAAGCGCAUCCGCACCGCACGCGGCAGGAAUUAUGAAGCUCAGCGGCCAUGUCUAAAGCCACGGUGAAGAAGCUGCACUGGCGCUCCAAGGUCCAGGAGAGCUUCGUUCCACUGGGUGCCGGCACCGGCUCAGGAGAACUGGGUCUGGCCGUUGGCGGCGGAGCUGAUUAUGGCGAGUUUCCAUUCGUCACUGCAGCCCCAGGGGGUGGGGCUACGGUGGGUGACAUCAUCUUGGAGAUCGGGGGGACGCCCGUGUUGGGGAUGACGCUGGGCGACGUCAGAGGCGUUCUGAACUCCUGUCCUCAUCCAAUCAGGAUUAAGACAGUGUCACCAGGUUCCUCUCUGUGUAAAGACCUCAGGUUGUACCUCAGCAAGUGUUUCACUCCGGGCUCCAUGGACAGUCAGCUUCAGCAGCUCAUCAGGGAGAACCUGUACCUGCGCGCUGUGCCAUGGAACUAUUACGGAACACCCCGUCCCGUACAUAUCGGACCAGAGAGUCCGCCAAUCACAUACCAAGAACAUCGCAACCUGCUGAGGAACUUCAGGACGAGGAGCAAGUCUCUGAGUAACCUGGAGAAGGCAGCGGAGGAAGGAGAAAACAGCGAGGAGGAGAGCGGGCCGUCAGGGCCAGCCCCGCCCACGGCGCUGCCGCUCAGCCAAUCGUGGGACUCGACGGCCAGCAGUCGGGAGGGAAUGGAGAACGGAGCAGGAGGCAGAGGAUUGGGAAGAGGAAGAGGGGGAGGUCCACUUCCUGAUAACUGGGAGCUAGCCUACAGUGACUCAGGAGAGCCCUACUACAUCAAUCACAUCUCAAAGACAACCAGUUGGGCGGAUCCUCGAACGCAGAGCAAAGAGACGCCAUCCUGCACAGAACUUCCGGAGUUCUCGGACCAGCCGAGCCAGCUGAGGGGUUACUCCAUCCACACCCGCCUCUCCAAGGGACCUCGAGGUUUUGGAUUCAACAUCGUCGGAGGAAGUCGACCUCAGGAGUUCCUGCAGGUGUACAGUGUCACACCUGGAGGUCCUCCGACUCUCAAUACAGCGGACAUCCUGGUUUACAUCAAUGACACCUGUGUGCUGGGUCGCUCUCACAAGGAGGUGGUGGAGAUGCUGAAGUCGGUGCCAAUGGGUCAGAGCGUGGAUGUGGUUUUGAGGAGAGGAUACCCCAUGCUUUACAACCCCGAUGGAUGCCCCAAACAGAACCUGGAGCCUCAGACUUCCAGCGAGUCCUCCAACCAGAGCAGGGCGCUGACGCACCUCACCUUCAGCCGGACGCUGGACGCCAACGGCAGCACGCCAGGUUCGGCACGAACCCCGCCCUCUUACGUCCCUGAGCCAAUGACAAACGGUCUGGCUGGACCUCCGACUCCCACAUCGUCAGACGUGUCGCAGCUCCCCCCUCAGUCUGCAGACAGGACUCCAACUAGUCACAGCGAUUCUGAUGGCGGUCAAUCCAAUGCUGGGACCCGGAGGUCUUCGUUGAUUCGCUACAACAGCAGCACCCUCCCCACCCUCUCCUCUUCCUCGCUCCUCCUUCAUCAGAGCUCCAAGUCUUCAGAGAGCGACCUGUCCACGUCCACGCUCCCUAACAUCUCCUCCUCGUCCCACAUGUUGUCCAAACUGACCCUCUCUCAGCUGGACGUGGGUCGCGUCCAGAACUUCACCGCCACCGGCAGCGACAACCCCUCCUCCCCCUCCGCUGCUCCCUCUGCUCCUGCGCCAUGCCAGCAGAUGCCUCAGACUUCGCACGCCGUGAUGCCAUCUAGAGACGUUCCGCCGUGUGGCUUUAACGGGUGUCCGGCAAACCACGGGCUGACCUCCUCGUCCUCCAGAGGAGGCGGAGGUCUGGUUCUACCUCUUGGUGCAGGGUCACCGGGUUCAGCACAUGGAGGAGAGCUGGUUCCUGUGGCGCUCAGACACAGUGAGAGCGGCGGGCUGGGGUUCAGCGUGACGGCGGGAGGACAGGGCGGGCAGCAGGCGGUGGUGAAGCGGGUGUGGGAUCGGAGGCAGUGUCCCUCGCUGCAGGCUGGAGAUCUGAUUGUAAAGAUCAACGGAGCCGAUGUGCAGAGCCUCAGCUUCACUCAGGUCCAGAGAGUCCUGCAGGAACACACCAAACAAGGAGAGGUGGUCCUGCUGGUCCACAGAGGAGGUCCCGUCUCCUCCCCCCUCGUUACGCCAAACCUCUGCAAGCCGCUGUCCUCCCCCCACAUCCUGACCACUCAGUCCUCCACUGAGCUGCCUUCCCCGUCCACAGGUGCCUCUCUGGGGGGCGUCCCCCCCCUCAGCCAGGCCGGCUUGGCCCCUGAGGGUCCACAGGAGAGCCAGCUGCUACCGUCAGGGGCCCACAAAGGGGCCCCUCCUGCUCAGACUCCAAACGGCCCCUCGGCCUCCGCCCUCAUCCAGAGCACCAGCUUCCUGGAUUCGGUUCCGGUGACCCUGACCCUGGAGCCCCGCGACCUGCAGGGUGUGGAGGACAGCGCGGGGCCGGCCCCUGGGGGCGGAGCUUCAGGAGCCAGGGCCAAAGAUGGCCGAGCAGGAGCCAAGAUGGUGGAGGUGGAGCUGAGGAGGCGGCCGGGGGAAGGCUUUGGAUUCGUCAUCGCGUCUCAGGAAGUGAGCGGAGCCUCCUCCCUGAUGGCCCACCGCUUCGUGACGGUGCGCCGCGGCAGCCCGGCGGCUCGCAGCGGUCAGAUCCAGCCCGGAGAUCGGCUGGAGGCGGUGGAGGGCCGACCGGUCGGCGGCCUGCAGCACAGAGACCUGUCCCAGAUCCUGAGGAGGGCGGGGAACACGCUGAGGCUGAGCAUCACGCCCAAACAGCAGUCUUCCUCAGACGGAGCCGACCUGGACACCAAUGGACGCCUGAUCAAAGGGCCCAGAGGGAGGUCAAAGGAUGAGUCCAGGUUCUACAGCGUGGAUCUGGAACGCGGCCCCACAGGGUUCGGCUUCUCCCUGAGGGGGGGCAGCGAGUACAACAUGGGCCUGUACGUCCUGGGGCUGAUGGACGGGGGGCCGGCCCAGCGCAGCAACAGGAUACAGGUACAC